CCUUGGUAACCGAGUAAAGAACAGGUCAGUGAGACUUCUCCAUGAAGUCUGUUUUUGUAUUUUUGUCGUGAUUGCACGAAUUUAGCAGAGUUAGCUAACAACAAUGUGCCUUUAGCUAUGUCCAACAGCAGCAAACCAAAGCCCCGGUGCUUUAGGAGCGAUAUCCAAAGACUGCUGCUGGCUGCUGAAGCUGGUCAGAAGGAUGAUAUCCUGACCUACUCCUCAGGUCAUCUGGGGCCACGCUGCCUGAACCAGAGUCAGCCUCACAGGGAGACAAAGCAGUCUUUCUGGAGCAUGUCUCAGAGCCUAAAGGAAACCCCAAACACUGUAAAACCCCAGCUGACACGGGCAAAGGUUUUGGUUUAUGUAAAGAAGAAAGAAAUGAAAGAGUGUCCCCCUAAGUUCUCCACUGGCACUGCUUUAGUAGAGUCUGAAGUGUUAAAGUCAAGACAAGAUAAGGCUUCUCAUUGCUCAUCACAUGCAGACAGAAGAGAAGAUGUGAGUCUGCCUAAGAUAGUUUACUCUUCCUCAAACUCUCUGCCAGUCCAGCCUAGAGCCUUCCCCCAGAAAAAGUCAAAGUAUUUAUCUGAUCUUGAGGGGAAACAACAUUUUGACCAGGAAGGGCUGAAUAACGACGGCCAGCUAAAGAAGAAAAAACAAUUUGGCAGGAAAGUCAUAACCAAGCAGGACCUCUGGGCUGGAAUACAUGUUGCUGAAAUGCAUGAGAGGAAACUACAAAAGGAGCUGAGUAGGUUGUCAGUGCACAGCUGGCCCAGCAGAGACCGCCUUGCGGUGUUCAGUGACGUCUUUGAUGAUGUAUGUGAAGGCUCACCAGUAUUUGGACGCAUCCUGAGGGAAAUUAAGACAGAUUAUGAUUUGUAUGUCAACCACUUGAUGGCUUCCCAAUCACCACUACAUGACACGUCGCUGGAUACUUCUCUCAAAGAUCUUGGCAAUGGCAAAGUAAGGCAAAUGGAGUUGGAAGACGCUGAAAAAGAGGUUUUCAGGCUGGAGCAGGAGGCCAAAACAGCUCUAGAGGAGAAUAAACGAGUCCGAAAUGAAUCACAGAAUGUUCCAGCAAUCAUAGGCCCAGAGGACAGUGAUAUGAAGAAUCCAUAUGUGUCAGGGCUGCAGGACAGCUGCACCAACAAUCUCCAAUCCAAGAGGAUUCAGGUGUUGAACACGUGGAGGGAGAUCCAACAGCUGGAGGAGGAGAUUAAGGAGAAGCUGGUGUCCUCUGUCACAACCACUGCUACUGCAGGACACAUCAAAGACCUCAAGAAAGAGAUAAUGAGACUUAUUGCCUCAAAUGACUGUCUGGAGACCAUGAACAAGGAUCUGGAAAACAACAUCAACAUGGUGGUAGACAGAGAGAAAGCAAGCAAGGCCAUAAGAAGGAUGUUAUGGGACAAAAUAAACUGUGAUCUACAAACAGAGAGUGAAUAGCUUCAUCAGCAAGUAACCAGAUAUGGACAUUCCAAAGUGCAAUGAAAUAAAGAAAAAUGUAUUAAAUCGAGCCACAUCUUUGAUUAGCAAGCAACUUAAUUAUAUUACCUUAUAGCCCUUUAGUAUAGUAUAUA